GGUGGUAAAUAUGAUGAGAGUUGUCUAGAAGGAAUGAGCUCGUCGUGAUGCAUUGGAUUCUACAAAUUUAGGUGAAGAAAAAAUUUCGGACCAAAUAUAUUACCUUGGUGUAAGGUGGUAACUGGUAGUAGAUGAUAAUGAAAGGUGGCAAAUGAUAGUUAAUAUAUUUUCUGUUAUCAUGUAGCCAAUAAUUCUAUGCUAUAGUAUAUUCGUACCACCAUGACACUCUUUCAUAUCACAUGGUUUAAUCUUAUGUACUACCAAGCAUUACGACGAUGGUCGUGAACAAGGCGAUGCUUGGCGGCAACGGCGCCGUCGACGGCGCCGAGAAGCAACACUGCCAGCACUCGUCCCCCGACACCGACAGCGGCUCCUUUAAUUGUGCGUAUGCUUCUUGUACUUCCUCGCUGUCCGGCGACGACUGCCGGUUUUUUCUGGACGCUGCCGACUCGUUGCUGUUAGGAGUGUCAGUUCGGGUCGGUUUCGGUUACUCGAACCGAAACCCGAAGCCGAAAAUCACUGAAACCGAACCCGAACCCGAUAAGAACUUGAGGGUUCCGGUUACUCAAAACCCAAAAAUUCCUUAUCGGGUUCGGGUUCAGUUAAAGCAAAACCAAAACCCGAAUGCCUAAGAAUACGGAGUGAGUUCUAUUCAUUGGAGGUUUUUAGCCGGAACCCGAAAAACCGAUAAGCAAAACCGAACCCAAAACCGAAAAACCUGAAACCCAAAAUGAACCCGAACCCGAAAAACCGAAAAUAUAUAUAAUUGGGUCGGUUUCGGGUAAACCCAAAAAACCGAACCCGAAUAGACACCCCUAGUUGCUGUGGUAUAAGUAUUGCAAGGAUCGAGACGGCGGCCAGUUGGCUCUCAAGGAUUGUUACCUGAGGUACGAGACCUACACAUUCUGUAGCUAGCUACCUAAGAGAAAAAAAACCCCAGAAAUAAAGCGGAGUGGGAUUU